AUGCUUGGAUGUAAAUCCAUUGCCACACCACAGAUUCUUAAAGAAAAGUCAUCAUCUUCCGAUGAUAUUAUUGUUGAUGCUACUGAAUUUCGCAGCAUUGUAGGUGCACUUCAAUAUUUGACUUUCACUCGUCCAGACAUCACCCAUGCUGUCAAUCGUGCAUGUCAACACUUCAGCAAGCCCACUAUGACAGAUUUAAAGGCAGUUAAGCGUAUUUUGCGCUAUCUCAGAGGCACACAAAAUUGGGGACUUCGUUACCUCAAUAACACUCCACAUUCCUUGUAUGGGUUUAGUGAUGCAGACUGGGCUGGUUGUCCCGUGACAAGACGAAGCACUACAGGUUAUUGUGUGUUUCUUGGUGCCAAUUGCAUCUCUUGGUCCUCUAAGAAGCAACCCACCGUUGCCCGCUCUAGCACCGAAGCAGAAUAUCGCUCCAUGGCUCACACCACUGCUGAACUAACAUGGAUUACCUAUCUUCUUCAAGACAUAGAUGUUUCUCUCCCUCGUGCUCCACAACUGUUUUGCGAUAAUAUUAGUGCUCUUCAUAUGUCGGUCAAUCCGGUGUUUCAUGCUCGCACCAAACAUAUUGAGCUUGACUACCAUUUCGUUCGUGAAAAAGUAGCCAUGGGAGCUCUUGUUACUCGCUACACUCCUACAUCUUCCCAAAUUGCAGAUGUCUUCACCAAACCACUAGCAAAGGAUUCAUUCUUCAAGUUUCGCAGCAAGCUAGGCGUGUAUCCCAGUCCACCCACUAGCUUGAGGGGGUAUGAUAAGGAACCAAAUCAAAAUCAAUUAAUAGGUGUUGACUCUAUGAUAAAUAAGGACGAGAAAUCUGCUAAAAGGGAGGAUAUUAGGAUUGCAACAAAUGGAAACAAAUCCCUUAAAUGA